AUGAUCGUUCCUAAGCCUCCUGUGAAAUUGGAGGACCACUGUUCCGUCAUUCACGACAAUACUUUAUACACCUACUCAGCCAAUGGUUUCGCUUCGAUCUCACUCGAACGCAAUGCGACAUGGAGUCAAUUGCCUAUGGGACAACCGGUUUCCAAAGCCGCUUGCGUUACAGGAGGAACGGACGGUAACGAGGAUCAGCAGGCGCUUUAUGUGAUCGGAGGAACGCCGUCCAAGGGCGUAAGCUCAGGGCUACAGCGAUACUCGUUCAAAGACAAAAAGUGGAAGACAAUCGACAGCGUCAGCGGGAACAUGGCCAAUCGAACCUCCCAUAAAGCGGUCUAUCUCAAAUCGUCCUCCGCUCUUCUGAUUUACGGCGGCCACCAACGUGACCAAACCGAUGCGUCGUCGGACACGUUUGCAAUCAAUACGCAGGAGCCCUACAAUCUUUCAGCAUAUUCGGCCGAAAAUGCAUCCCCGGCUUACGAUCCCGUACUACUGCCAUGGAACGACAAGGAGGCUGCGCUGGUUGGCGGAUUGACGACCCCGGAUGAAGUGCAUUUGUUCGAUCUCAUCCAAGGCUGGCACAGCUCCGAUGUGACCAUCCCAACACCCCUGUCGGACGAUGUACAAUGCGCUCUUGUCAAUGGGACCGACGGCAGCAAAAUUCUCGAAGCUUUCGACAUGAGCGCAUCACCCAACAAUGUCACCAGCAUAACCUUGCUCAAUCCUGACGGCAACCCAGCUCACAAAGGAAACAGCUCUGAAUCAUCCUCGACCAAGAGGGGGAUCGCCCUCGAUGAUUAUCCAACAUACGACGACUCCUUGGCGCCCACCACAACACGAAAAGACUACUCACUGGCACAGGGCAACGAUGGGUUGGUGGUUAUCUCCAGCGGCAGUGGCACGGACACCCUGGCAAUUUUCAACCAAACGUCGAACAGUUGGGUAAAUGCAACCAAGCUAUUCUACGGCGACCAGACCUCGCAACAAAUUCUUGGAACAACGACCUCAACCCCGACCGCUACUGCAAGCGGAUCCAGUGAGACUUCCAGCACCCCGGCCAGCGACGACUCCUCGAGCAGCGAUGUUGGCACGAUCAUUGGGGCCACGCUUGGAGGUAUUGUAGGAAUUGCUGCCAUUUUGAUUGUAAUCCUCUUCAUUCUGAAGCAUAAGAAGGAUGCCAAGAAGCGAGCUGUUCAGGGUCAAAAUGGUGGUGACAAGGAUCGCUUAAGCUUCCAGGACCGAGGUGUCGAGCCAUUGACUCAGUCCGCAUAUCCGAUGGCAAAGAGCCCUGCACCGCUCGCGGCAUCGUCGGUGGACUCUCUUGCCAUCUUCUCCGGUCAUGUCGGCGAGGAAAAGUCACCGAAGUCAGCCGGUGCCCCUCCCGGUUUCGAUCACAAGCCGAGUCCCUUGAGCACCAUUCAGUCCAGUAGGGAGAUCAGUUCAGGUGAAUUCGACAAGGCCAUCGAGGCCCAAGACUCCCUACCCGGAAGCCAUCCCGGAGACCGGCGAACGAGUGAAGGCUGGGGUAGGUAUUUCCAAGAUAACAGUGCGGCGCCUCUGAUGGUUCCGCCGGCAGCUGUACCCGCCCGGCCUGACUCGACGGCCACGACAGCUACUGCAUGGCCGAUGAAGACCUUGACGCCUUUGAACACCAACUUCUUAGAAGCACCGAAACCGUUGGGAUGUGUCGUGAGUGGCAGCCCCACCACCGAGCAUGCUACGUCACCUAAAAAUGGACAAUACAUCACAAUCCCCGAGAGCCAGUCCGCUCGCAUCUCCACUGCGAGUGACAUCACGGUCGAAUCGGUCGAGGACUACGAUGAUCACGGGUCACGUGCACAACAAAGCUGGCUUGGCCGCCCCCCAAGCAGCACCUACAGCAGAAGUUACUAUAAUCCGAGCUAUUACAACCCGAGCACGUCGGACGUGCCCUCACUCGUGACCCCAUUACGCGAUACCCGCAUGAACACGCGCGGCUCGAGCGUGCUCAUCCCCGAGAGCGUCGAACCCGUCCCACCGCGCGACCCUCGCAACAAUAACAAUAUCAACUCUGAUAUGAGCUGGUUGAAUCUCAAUGCCGAACGUUGA